UCUUUUUUUAUAUUCUCUGAAAAGUAAGAGCGAAGACCAAAGACUUUGCCUUUCUCUCUCUCCAAAAAGCUUUCACACGAAGUCUCUCUGUCUCUCUUACUCUGUUUUUCUUUCUUUUAAGCAGUCUUUAUAGUUCUACUGCUUAUUUCUGAUUUGGUUUUUGGGUUUUUUCACUGUUCUUGAUUCUCUGGGCAUUUGUUUAUUCAGUAGUUGACCUUUGGAUCGACCGGCGAUCAGAUUUCCGGUUACUGAGUUUUGAAUAGUGAUUCUGAGCUGAGAACUGGAGUUUGCAGUCUUUGGGUUUAAUGAUUGGGUUAAUGUGAGUUUUUGGGUCAGGUACUCAUAAGAGCUGGUAGGUGGGUUAAAAAAAAUAAAAAAGGAUAUUGACCGGUAGCUGAGACAGAGAAAGAGACUAAGAGAGGGAGAGCUCUUAAACGAAACCCUAGAACAAAAAAGAGGAACUUUGUCUCCAAAAGCUUCAUUGAAAUUCUCCAAGAUAAAUUUUUUUUUUUGUCCAGUAGCUUCUUCUUUUGACAUAGAUUUCUUUUUUUUCUUUUUUUAACUUUUUCAUCUAUUUUGUCCACUAGCUUCUGAUCUAGUAAUUUCAUUUUCGAUUUCUUGCACUCAUGCCGGUCGAUUUAGAUAAUUCCUCUACAGCUUCCGGUGAAGCUAGCGUCUCUUCCUCUGGCAACCAGCCCCCGCCGCCCAAAUCCACCGCCACCGGCAAGAAAAAACGGAAUCUUCCUGGAAUGCCAGAUCCGGAUGCAGAGGUGAUUGCUUUGUCUCCUAAAACCCUUUUGGCCACGAACCGAUUUGUGUGUGAAAUUUGCAAUAAGGGGUUUCAAAGGGACCAGAAUUUGCAGCUUCAUCGCCGAGGCCACAAUCUACCGUGGAAGUUGAGACAGAGAUCGAGUAAGGAAGUAAAGAAGAGAGUUUAUGUUUGUCCUGAGCCGACUUGUGUUCAUCACGAUCCAUCUAGAGCUUUAGGCGAUCUUACAGGGAUAAAGAAGCAUUUUUGCAGGAAACACGGCGAGAAGAAGUGGAAAUGCGAUAAGUGUUCGAAGAAAUAUGCAGUUCAGUCUGAUUGGAAAGCUCACUCCAAAAUUUGUGGCACUAGGGAAUAUAAAUGCGAUUGUGGAACUCUUUUUUCAAGGAGGGAUAGCUUCAUCACACAUAGAGCCUUUUGUGAUGCUUUAGCGGAGGAGAGCGCCAGAGCCACUCAGACUCCUAAUCCAAAUCCGGCUGCCGUGAACCUGAAUCCAAAUCAAGAAUCCGAACCUAAGGUACAAGUUGACCCAUCUCCGCCGCCGCCGCCGCCUCCUCCACUAGCACCUGUAGCUGCAGCCCCUGCUCCUCCAGCUCAGUCAGCUGGUGUAAUAUCUUCCUCUAUUUCGCCUAAUCAUAGUCCAGAGUUGCCAGAUAAUCCCUCUCCAAUUAUAGAAGAAGCGCUGGCGCCCCAAUCCGCAUUGGCUACUGCAGGAUUAAAUGGUAGCUCUAGCAGCAGCACCAGCUCAAGCAGCAAUGGUAGCACCAGCAGCAGUGUCUUUGCUAGUUUAUUUGCUUCAUCAACUGCGUCUGGAAGCAUACAGCCUCCUCAAACUCCUGCAUUUACUGACCUAAUUCGAGCUAUGGCUCACCCUGAUCGUCCAGCCGACCUUGCUCCACCAUCAUCUACUGAACCCAUUUCUCUCUGUCUCUCCACCAGUCAUGGAUCAUCAAUAUUUGGUACUGCAGGGCAAGAGCGCAGGCAAUAUGCGCCUCCACCUCAACCAGCAAUGUCUGCCACUGCACUAUUACAAAAAGCAGCCCAAAUAGGAGCCGCUGCUACAAAUGCAUCAUUACUUCGUGGAUUUGGAAUUGUAUCUUCUUCAUCAUCUGCUCAGCAAGACAAUAUGCAAUGGGGCCAUAGGCAAAUUGAGCCUGAGAAUACCUCAGUCACUGCAGGGCUGGGACUUGGUUUACCUUGUGAUGGAGGUUCUGGGUUAAAGGAAUUGAUGAUGGGAACUCCCUCUGUUUUUGGUCCUAAGCAAACAACCCUUGAUUUCCUUGGAUUGGGUAUGGCUGCUGGUGGAAGCCCUAGUAGUGGUUUGUCAGCUCUAAUUACUUCUAUUGGUAGUGGCAUGGAUGUGGCUGCCGCAGCAGCUUCUUUUGGAGGCGGAGAAUAUUCUGGCAAAGACCUGGGAAGGAGCUCAUGACCUUGUCAAGGAAAGAACUACUAUUUCCCCAUUUUGACUUGGGGAAUUAAGAGGGACAUUGUAUAGAGUAAUUGGUUUAGGGCAAUUGUUUUAGAAGCAGCAGCAAGGAUAAAGAUAGAACUUUGCAUAAAAAAUUUUGCCCUAAUGGAGCUGGAGGUAAGCAUCAGGUCGUCAAGAGCAGUUGGCUCUCUUAAAAUUGCUGUUCUUCCUCCUUGAUGCUGCCUGUUGUGAUACACCAAAAAAAGAAAAAAUAAAGUUAAAAAAAAAAAAAAAAUCCCAAGCUCCCUUCAAUCCUUAUUUAUGAAUUGGGGGCUUAAGUUAUUCAGUAUACUUGAACUGAAGUCUGAGGCCAUUUAAGCUUUAAAAAAAUUUGCAGCUAGUUGAUUCCAUGUCUGAUCGAUGUGGUCAUCCAUUUCUGCUCUAAGGUUAUUGAGAUAAAAUCAUCGGAGGAGACUUCUCAUGGAAGGAUAAAGUUAUAAACUGUACAAAUUUGUUUCUGUGAGGUGACAAUCAGACAUGGACUAGGCAUCGUGCAAUUUGUUGCUGAUAGAUGUAUUUAAGUUUAUCCUGUAAUUGUUUAUAUUUAGAUUUUGCUUCUGCAAUUCUGUUUCUAUGAAUGAAAUCUAAAGUUAUUGUAAGAUUCGGAA